AUGCCGCGGAGCCCGAGAGAGGGGGGAGAGGGAAGAGGGAGAGAGAGGGAAAAAGAGAGAGAGAGAGAGAGAGAGACCCGGAGACCCCGGAGCCGCCGGAACCUGGCUGGAGAGAGGCAGACAGCAAGCGCCCAGGGGCCACUAGCGUCGACGCUCUAUAAAGUAUGAAGAGAGCCCCUCUAUAGUGAAGGAAACAUGGCAGAUAAGAGGAAGCUACAAGGUGAGAUUGAUCGGUGUUUGAAAAAGGUGUCGGAAGGCGUGGAGCAGUUUGAAGACAUCUGGCAGAAGCUCCACAAUGCAGCUAACGCCAACCAGAAGGAGAAAUAUGAAGCCGAUCUGAAAAAGGAGAUUAAAAAACUCCAGAGACUGAGGGACCAGAUCAAGACGUGGGUUGCAUCCAAUGAGAUUAAGGACAAAAGGCAGCUAAUAGACAACCGGAAACUCAUUGAGACGCAAAUGGAGAGGUUCAAGGUAGUAGAACGUGAGACCAAGACGAAGGCCUACUCCAAGGAGGGGCUGGGCCUGGCGCAGAAAGUGGACCCAGCCCAGAAGGAAAAGGAGGAAGUUGGGCAGUGGCUGACGAAUACUAUAGACACCUUGAACAUGCAGGUGGAUCAGUUUGAGAGUGAAGUGGAGUCACUCUCUGUUCAAACGCGCAAGAAGAAAGGAGACAAGGAUAAGCAGGACCGGAUUGAGGGUCUGAAGCGGCACAUUGAGAAGCACCGGUACCACAUCCGGAUGCUAGAGACAAUUCUGCGCAUGCUGGACAAUGACUCCAUCAAUGUGGACUCCAUCCGCAAGAUCAAGGACGAUGUGGAGUACUACGUGGAUUCCUCGCAGGACCCCGAUUUUGAGGAGAAUGAGUUCCUUUACGAUGACCUCGACUUAGAAGACAUUCCACAGGCCCUGGUAGCCACUUCCCCACCCAGCCACAGCCACAUGGAGGAUGAGAUGUUCAACCAGUCCAGCAGCACGCCCACAUCCACCACCUCCAGUUCCCCAAUCCCACCCAGCCCUGCGAACUGCACAACGGAGAACUCUGAAGAUGACAAGAAACGGGGACGUUCAACAGACAGUGAAGUAAGCCAGUCCCCAGCGAAGAACGGUUCAAAAAGCCUCCACAACAGCCACCACCAGCCACCUCCCACCAUCCCACCCAGCUACCCAAUGGGCGGCAGCUCCAGCACGUCGUCCUCGCUGGGGAAUGGGCCAGGCUCCAACAGCAACGGGUCCGUGGCUGGCAGCGGGAACGCGAGCAGCAAAGCUAACCCUCCGGCAGGGCACGCACCCACCACCCCCACCCCUUACGCCCAGGCUGUGGCGCCCCCACCCACCAGCACCAACGCCUCACAGCCUCGGCCUCCCAGCAGCCAGCAGAACGCCAGCAAGCAGAAUGGGGCAACCAGUUACAGUUCCGUGGUAGCUGACAGCAGUUCGGAUUCGACACUAAACAGCAGCAACCAGUCCUUGCCUAACCAGACAGCACCGCACAACCCACCCAGCGCUUCCACGAAAGAGCCCAGCGCAGCUCCUCAGCCGCCAAGCAGUGGCAGCAGUACUGGGUCCAGCCUCCUGGUGCCUCUGACUGCCAACCCGCCUGUCUCGCCCACACCCAGCUUCUCUGACAGCAAGCCUGCCCAGACCCUGCUCAAUGGGCCGCCCCAGUUCAGCUCCACGCCUGAGAUCAAGGCAUCUGAGCCUCUAAGUACUUUGAAAUCAAUGGCUGAGAGGGCAGCUAUCGGCUCUAGCAUAGAGGACCCGGUGCCAUUGCUUCAUCUUGCCGAAAGGGCUGAUAUCUUAAUUACUAGUACGACCUCCCAGCCGGCCUCCAACCAGCCCCCCAUCCAGCUGUCUGAGGUGAACAUUCCCCUCUCGCUUGGGGUGUGCCCCCUGGGUCCUGUGCCUCUCAGCAAGGAGCAGCUCUACCAACAGGCCAUGGAGGAGGCCGCCUGGCACCACAUGCCUCAUCCCUCCGACUCAGAAAGGAUCCGGCAAUACCUGCCUCGGAACCCCUGCCCAACCCCACCUUACCAUCACCAGAUGCCUCCCCCACACUCCGACACCGUGGAAUUCUACCAGCGCCUCUCCACAGAGACCCUUUUCUUCAUCUUCUACUACCUGGAGGGCACGAAGGCGCAAUACCUGGCAGCAAAGGCGCUGAAGAAGCAGUCAUGGCGCUUCCACACAAAGUACAUGAUGUGGUUCCAGCGGCACGAAGAACCCAAGACCAUCACUGACGAAUUUGAGCAGGGCACUUACAUCUACUUUGACUACGAGAAAUGGGGCCAGCGCAAAAAGGAGGGUUUCACCUUUGAAUACCGCUACCUGGAAGACCGGGACCUGCAGUGAUGCCCUGGGGCCAGCAGGGGGUGCCAAGCCUUCCUUCCAGAGACAGCUGCGGGGCACUGGGGGGCAGUGGCCAAGGAAGACCAGCCCAGACCCUCACCUCACUCCAUCAUCCACCCCACCCACCCCCUCCACUUCACAACUCUGAGGGGGGGGAAGAAUGGGGCGAGCCGCACGUUUUAAAAAAAAUGCAUGCAAGUUUUAAAAAGUGACCGCGGGACGGAGGAGGGGGCGGCAGCAGCGGGACUCUCCUCUGCCUUUUCCUCGCUCUCUUCCGCCUGUAACGUGUACGAAGAGGUCAGCAAAAUGGGGAGAUGCCCUUCUUGUGCACCAGGUCCGAGUGAGAGAGUGGAGAUUAAAAAAAAAAAAGGAAAGAAAAAGAAAUUGAGAAUCCCACCAAACGAGUGACUUCCCCUAAUCUCCAUUUUUGUUUUGCGUCCUGAAUCAAAGAAUUUAAGCCCCCGACCCCACUGCAGCCAACACAAGCACCCCAUUCUCCUUUGCGCCCCCCUCUCACGAACCUCUUGACACAGAUCUCACCCCUCCAUUUGGCUACUGUAAGCCCAACUUACAGCGUGCCCAAGCGUGACACUUAAGGGCAUUACGGGCCCCAUGGAUAUUCCCCUGCAGUGUUGGGAACGUAUCCGUGGUGACCUAGCUCCCAUCUGGCCCAUUUGUCACUGCUGGAAAUGGCCAAAAGGUAAAUGCUAAAACUAUUACAAAUUGGGGGAAAGCCAACCUGUGGCUGGAAAGGGCCCCGUAUCACAAAAUAUUUUGGUGGACUGGCACCUCCCAUCACGAAUUCAUUUGGGUGCACCACUUCUACUCACUUUUUUCAAGUGAUUGCCUUGGGGGACAUGCAGUGUCCAUUUACCCUCAUCAUACACUGGUUGGAAGAGUCCCAAAAUCUCCUUUCCUGGCUGGAACUUUUGACUUCAGGAGUCUAACCCCUCCCCUUCUCCCAAUCGCUGCUUCCCUCCUCCUCUUCCCCCCCCCUUUCCAAAAUAUUGUUUCCACCCCUAAAUUUGGUAUGAGCUCGCACCUGAUCUGCUGCUGCUCCUGGAGAAAGAACCCUCUCCCUUGAUGACUUGCAAUGGAUUCCUGAUUGGAGGGGAAAAGAUUUGGGGGAAAUCCCCGGGGAGGUGGGGAGACUGCUAUGUUCCUCCCAUCUCUCCUCAUCCAGCCCCCCCUGAACUGGAGCACCCUGCCCACGCCGCUGUUAAGAUAUUUUUUCGUAAGCCUAUUUUCGUUUUGGAAAAUAUUUAUGAAUAAAUAGUUUUAUAUGAG